AUGUUUGAUAAUUAAUAGAAAAAAACCAAGCAAUUGCAAUAAUUUAAUUAAUAAUUAUUAGUUGCAUUGAAGGAAGUCUAAGAUAAGAACUAAUAACUUUUGUAGAAAGUAAAAUUUUAAAGUUAGUAAUUAUUUAAACUAUUGCGGAAUGUUUGGUUACCAAAAAAAAGUCGUAUGUUUAUGAAGGAUUGUAUGAAGGAAGAAAAUCAUCUUCUGCUUCCAGUUGCAAAUCGGUUCCUAAAAAGAAGAAGAAAAAUAGUAUAAUCAAAUAAAAAUUGAA